GCUCGCCCUCUUGCAUCUGUCUCUCUUGCUCCUCCCUUCGAACCCUAGAAACCGUACAACUCUAGCAAUUGCACCGCUGUCGCCCCUCUCAUGCGCACCGGGAUACUUCAAAUCCUCGAUUCUUCGUUGUCGCGGUCGCGAAUGGGUCUGCUUGAUCCGGUGCCCUAAAUCCCUCGAUCAGAGUAGCUACUUCCACCUGAAUUGCUUCCUCCCAAUCGGCUCCUCCGGCUCUGGAGGCCCUGUUCCGACGCCAGGAGUUGAGGUUUCUCGACAAGGAGCCGCUUUGGUGGCGUGUCCCCAAUCUUUGGUCGGAACUGGGGUAUCUGCAAGUAGGAGUAAGCUCGCAACUUAAACGCCCGCUUCAUAGAUCCUCUGGUGCUGUGCAUGAAGUUUCCGACGUGAGGAAUUCUAGGGUUUGUUCGUUUUGAACACCUCUCUGAGCUGCUGGACUCUGCUCUGCUGCGACUAUGUUGUGAAUGGCGAGUUCUAGUGCUCGCAAAGACAAUUCGUGAACUUCUUGAUGAUUUUAACAGAAUCUUUGUGGCUGGUUUUGAGAACGUAACUGGAACACCGGUCGUUGGUGCUGCUGUGCGCGAGGUCGGGGUAGCAGCAGCGGCAGUUUGAGCUGGGAAACAUAGUUGGAAGUGAAAGAGAGAUGAAGUGGACAUGAGUAGGCUUUCAUUCAGGCCUCGGCCCCUUGACAUUCACAAGAAGCUCCCCAUUGUCAAAUCCGUUAAAGAAUUUGAUGAUGACGAGGCGCCUGCCACAGCCGCUUCAACCCGCAACUCACACCUGCUCCGAAUUGCAACUGAGAAUGAGGUGCAUCAAACUCCAAGCAAGGCAAGUUCUCAAGAAAUUCCUACUCCGCAGUUCAGUGUUGUGGACACAUAUGAAAGAGAUUAUACCCCUACCUUCACACCAACUGCAUCAUAUAUACGUGGAAGAGGAGCUCGGGCUGAGAUUGGUGAAUUUGUUGAAUAUGACCUGGAUAAUGAGGAUGAUGGUUGGCUUGAAGAGUUCAACUAUGAAGGGAAGACUCUUACACCUGAAAAGUUUGAGACCAUUUUGUUCAAGCUGGAGGUUAUGGAUCAUAAAGCUCGAGAACGAGCAGGAGUCAUAACACCUACUUUUGGAUCACCUAUUCCUGUUCUUUUACAAUUUGAUGCAGCAGAAGAGGCUUUGCAACCCCUAUGUGUACGAUAUCCAGUUUUCCAAUCUGUAUAUAACUAUUGGAAAUUAAAGAGAGAACAGUGGCAAAAACCUAUCUUGCGACGCCUGCAGCCGCCUCCACCAGUUAAUGAUACAAAUCCCUAUAAUGUAUUCAGACCGAGAGAAAAGGCACACCGUCUUCACACAAGAAGGAUGCAAAGGAGGGAAAACAGUGUUCAGUCAUUUGAAAAACUUCGACAGGUCAGGCGUAACUUGGACCAGGCAAAGAGAAUGCUUGAUUCUUUGAUUCAGAGGGAAGAGAAGAAGCGGGAUAUUGUUGAGUGCGAGGUCAAAAUCCAGAGAAUUCAGAUGAAGUAUAAGCAUGAGGCUCAUCUCGUUGAAGAUGGAAUUGCAAUCCCAAGUUUCCGACAUGUUACAUGCAAAUUUACAUCAAGUGAGGAGGAUUAUGUUGAUUCAGAUGACACGAUUAAUGGUGAUCCAAUUGCUGUCCCUGCCACGCUCCAUCCAAGGAUCCAGAUGAACCUGUCAUGUUAUUUACAAAAUCUCUGGAUCCAGACAAGCUUGCCGCUGCAGGCAUUGUGCCACCUGUUUUAUCUGCAGAGAAUGAGUCAGUUGUAUCACCAUACCGAUUCUGUGGUCGGAUUGGUCGAGGAGGGCGCAUCAUAUUCGACCGAUGGAAUUCUCUUUUCCAAGAUCCGGAUGCUCAGGAGAGGUCACACUAUCCAGCAUUAAAUCCAAGGCCUCUUCCACCGAAUGGUUGAACAAUUGCACUUGGUUUUAGUGCUUCAUGCGAAGACACAUAAUUGAGAAAAUUGUCAUGGCUCGAGCUCACAUUAGCUCCUGAAAUGAUUUUGUUGAUCCAGAAAGACCUCUGAUCAUCAGGAUGUUACAUGCACCAUUGUAGCAAACUGCAGACGUCUGCUCGCUGAUGAUGCAUGCUGAAGGAGCAUGGGUUUGUCGAAGUUGAGUUGGGCAUUUUUAGAUUUCCAGUCAGUUUAUAAUUAUAUACUUUGCAGAUCAAAAGCCAGAACACUAAUUUCUUCAUGGCUUGUCUCAUUUUCGGUCUGUAAGGGUGCAAUCCGAUGCCAUUGCUAUUUAGCUGCUCUUAUUCUUAAUGAAUAUUUGUUCAUACCUCAA